UCAAAAUUGAUCGUUUCGGAAAAAAACCUCUAAAGGGUUAACACUUCUGUGAGUCUCUCCUCAGGCUAUCACCCAGAAUCCAAUGGCCAGACCGAGAGGAUCAAUCAAGAAUUGGAGAAGUACCUGAGAUGCAUCACGGCUGAGAAUCCUUCUACGUGGAGCCAGAACUUGAUGUGGGCAGAGAUGGCACAUAAUCAACUGGUGUCCUCUUCUACAGGGAUGUCUCCAUUCAAGGUCCAGAAUGGGUUUCAGCCUCCCCUCUUUCCUGACCAACAGAGAGCAGUGGCAGUGCCAUCGGCAGAAGCAGCAGUUGCACAAUGCAGACGUACUUUGAGGAGGGCUCGUCAGACUCUGUUAAAGAUGUCUGCUCGUCAUCAGAAGCAGGCCAAUAGAAGGCGGCAGCGGGGACCAUCUUUCAAAGUCGGGCAGAAAUCCAAGAAAUUCACUCCACGGUGGACUUGUAUACACAGUGCAAAGGCUGCUGGACUCCCGCCGGGCUGGACGUGGUUGGCAAUAUCUGGUGGAUUGGAAGGGCUAUGGACCAGAGGGGCGCUCCUGGGUUCCCUCUCCAGACACAUCAUGGACCCUGGUCUCAUACGGGACUUCCACACCGCUCACCCUGAUCGACCUGAGCCGGCAGGAGCUGGCCGUCAGAGGGGGGGUACUGUCAGACCGCACACAGUUCCUCAUAGCCACCACCAGGUGGAGACAUUAUUUGCAAGAACAUGUUACCUGGCCUUCUCAGCUACCUGUGAAUUAAUGAGUGGAUUCACCUGGUGGUCACAUGACUAAUUGACAGAGUAUAUAAGCUGAGCUGAAAAUGACUGCAGUGCUGCGACAUGAUCUUGUGCCUGAGCAAGCUCACAAGGUGGACUCUGCGUAGCUGAACUUCUUACUGGAUAUUACAUUGGAUUAUUCUCUGGAUUUGGACAGUUUUCUUGUGACUUUCUUCUCUGAACUUCUCUGUGGACAUUUGGAUUACUUUUGUAAGUGGACUUUGCUUUGUUUUGGAUACUUACCUGUGAACUGAACUGUAUCCUGAAGCUUGGACUUGCCUCUUGGGAACUGUGUGCUCUGGUGAUUUAUUUUGGUGUGAUUUAGCCUUUUGUCUUGCACCUCUGUGGA